ACUUUGACCACAUUUUGACGUGUAUUUCGCAGUAGUGACAGAUCAUGGAAUAAACAUUUAAUUAAAACCUGUAAAUUAAUAAUUUGUUAUUUGUAAAUAAUAAGGCAAGAAAAUGGUAUUAGCAGAUUUAGGUCGUAAGAUUACGACUGCUUUGCAGUCACUCAGCAAAGCAACGAUUAUUAAUGAAGAGGUUCUAAAUGGAAUGCUUAAAGAUAUUUGCGCGGCCCUUCUUGAAGCCGACGUUAAUAUUAGACUGGUUAAAAAACUGCGAGAAAAUGUUAGAUCUGUAAUUGACUUCGAUGAAAUGGCUGGGGGCCUCAACAAAAGGCGAAUGAUACAGAGCGCAGUAUUCAAGGAACUCGUCAAACUUGUAGAUCCUGGAGUAAAACCAUAUCAACCCAUUAAAGGAAAACCCAACAUUAUUAUGUUUGUCGGUUUGCAAGGUUCCGGUAAAACAACGACCUGUACAAAAUUAGCCUAUCAUUAUCAAAAGAAGAAUUGGAAGUCCUGUUUGGUGUGCGCGGAUACAUUUAGAGCUGGGGCGUACGACCAGGUCAAACAGAAUUGUACAAAAGCUAGAAUACCUUUCUAUGGAAGUUAUACGGAAGUUGAUCCAGUCGUCAUUGCUCAAGACGGUGUUGAAAUGUUCAAAAAAGAAGGUUUUGAGAUCAUUAUUGUCGAUACAAGCGGUAGGCACAAACAAGAGGAAUCUCUUUUCGAGGAAAUGUUGGCCGUUUCCAACGCUGUAAAACCGGAUAAUAUAAUAUUCGUUAUGGACGCGACUAUCGGUCAAGCCUGUGAAGCUCAGGCGAAGGCUUUUAAAGAAAAGGUAGACGUCGGUUCCGUGAUAAUAACUAAGUUAGACGGUCACGCCAAAGGUGGUGGAGCUCUUAGCGCGGUUGCGGCUACGAACAGUCCUAUUAUCUACAUCGGCACCGGGGAACAUAUAGACGAUUUGGAACCCUUUAAAACGAAACCGUUCAUAAGCAAAUUAUUGGGCAUGGGGGACAUAGAGGGUCUUAUCGAUAAGGUAAACGAGUUGAAAUUGGAGGACAAUGAGGAAUUAUUAGAGAAAAUCAAGCACGGCCAAUUCACCCUGAGAGAUAUGUACGAACAGUUCCAGAAUAUCAUGAAAAUGGGUCCAUUUUCACAAAUAAUGGGUAUGAUUCCAGGGUUUAGCCAGGAUCUUAUGUCGAAAGGCAGCGAGCAAGAAUCGAUGGCGCGGCUGAAAAGGCUUAUGACUAUAAUGGACAGCAUGAACGACGGGGAAUUGGACAAUAGAGACGGGGCCAAGUUGUUUACCAAGCAAGCCGGCAGGAUAACGAGAGUGGCUCAGGGAGCGGGUGUAACAGAAAGAGAAGUGAAAGAGUUGAUAACCCAGUACACGAAAUUUGCUGGCGUCGUGAAGAAAAUGGGUGGCAUCAAGGGACUAUUCAAGGGCGGCGAUAUGGCCAAGAACGUUAACCAUACACAGAUGGCGAAACUUAACCAACAAAUGGCCAAGAUGAUGGAUCCCCGGGUGUUGCACCAGAUGGGCGGCAUGGCCGGUUUACAGAAUAUGAUGAGACAACUCCAAGCGGGUGCCAGCGGCGGAUUGGGCGGUUUAGGUAAUCUUAUGAGUGGCUUCGGUGGUAAAUAGUGGACGUGUUUAUUUAAAUAAAAUUAAAAAUUUUACCAAUUUACAGAUAGUUUUGGCCAUUUUACACCAAUUUCAAUAUUUAUAUAGUUUUGUUAUGAUUUGAGAAAUUUUUAUAACAUAAAAUAAAAUAUUUGAUUUA